CUGUUUCAGUCUCUGUGAGUUCUGCCAGCUGCAGGCCACAGUAUGGGUCCAGCUCCGCUCCUCUCAGCGUGAGCAGCAACUGCUGCUUUUUUCACGUUUUGUUUGUUUUCCUUCUCUUCUCCUUGUGCCAGACAUCUGGAAAUCUGUUUCCAUUUGAUCGCAGGUCUUUUUUUAAGCUGCAGUGUUUUUAUUUUUGUUUCCUGGGAAGUAAAAUGCCGGUAGUUGGUGUAGCUUCCAAGCUCCGGCAACCCUCUGCGGUGAGCCCCAGACCAGUGCACACUGCGCUCCCCAUCCCCAGUGCGGUCAGGGCGGCCACCUCACAGGGAUGCGUGGCCCGGCAGCAGGAGGUCAGGCUGGGCCAGGGUGUCCCGGGGCUCUCCUGCCAACUUUCAGUCAAGCCUGAGUACCAGCAGGAGAGAACGACUGAAGGAAGGUCCAGGGCAGAGAUGGAGGAGAGCAAAAUCUGUAAGAUAUACACAGAUUGGGCCAACCACUACCUGGCAAAGUCUGGCUGCCCGCGCCUCAUCAAGGACCUGAGCCAGGACGUCACUGAUGGAGUCCUGCUGGCACAGAUCAUCCAGAUCAUAGCCAACGAGAAGGUGGAGGAUAUCAAUGGAAGUCCCAGGAGCCAGACGCAAAUGAUCGAGAAUGUGGACACUUGCCUCAGUUUCCUGGAUGCCAGAGGAGUGAAUGUACAAGGGCUCUCAGCAGAAGAGAUCAGAAAUGGCAACCUGAAGAGCAUUCUGGGCCUCUUCUUCAUUCUAUCACGCUACAAGCAGCAGCAGCAGCAACAGCAGCAGUACUACCAGUCUCUGGUGGAGCUUAGCCAGCAGACCAGCAGCAGUGCACCAUCCACCAGCAGCCCCAAAACACACGACAUGCAGUCCAGUCUCACAGCAAGAUAUGCAAGUUCUCCAGGCCACAGUGGGAUAGGAUCACCACAGAAGAAGAACACCAGGUUGCCUGGACCCUCCCGAGUACCUGCUGCAGGCAGCGGGGCCUCCAGGAGCCCAGGUUCCUCCAACCUGAACCGCCGGAGCCAGAGCUUCAACAGCAUUGACAAGAGCAAGCCUCUGCAGUAUGCCAGUGGAAACGACAGGGAGGCAGUGAGGGCUAUUCCGGUUCCCAGUGGGAUGAAUGGGAGUGGUGGGAUCGUUUCCACCAGCCAGAGUGGGCAGCAGCUGGCCUCUGCUAUUCCCUCACCCACAACUGGAAAGUCUUGGCGCAGCAAGUCCAUGAACCUCAAGCACAGUGCAACUUCGUCUAUGCUGGCCAGCCCCACACACUCAUCUUCCACCACACCAUCCCCCCAGGCCCUGGAAGGCCCCCAAUCAGAUGGAGUCGAUGGGUCAAAAGCUGGAUCGGGAGUUGCACCCCCACAUAGAUCAAUGCUGGAGAAGUUUCGUCUGAUUCACCCUCGGUCUGCUUCAAGGGCAUCUCCAUCCAUGGCAGAAAUGGCUCUUCAGGAGGAGGAUGACCUGUCAGAGUACGGCGAGGACAGCCUAGCAGUGGCGGUGUCAACAUGCAGCAGCGUUGGCAGCACCGCUACAGCCAAACAAAUGUCUGCAAAAACGUCUGCAUCUGCCCUUUCUGCCCCAAGCAAAAGCCUGUCCACCACCGCUUCAUACCCAAAGGCUUCUGGAGGUGGCAGUAGAUCCAACACGCAAGGCAAGGAGGACAAAGUCAAGUCUGCAAAAACCUCAAAGGAGAAUCCAUCAAAGGAGGAGUCUACCACAGAAUCCUCCAAGAAGACCUCAAAAAUAUCCAGCCUCAUUCCCAAAGGAGGGAGAUCCUCAUCGGGGAAGAAAGAUGGUGGCAGCUCCGCUUCCAGUUGCAUCCCAAAACCAGGACUGAAAGCUCCUUCCACGACAACACCAAAGCCUCAGAGCCAGACUCAGGCCGCCUUAACCAGCUGUGGAAAUGUGCGAGGGAAUGAUGCAGACAGAGCCAAGCUGGGCAAAGGAGGCCAGGGGGGCAGUUUCUACAUACAGCGCUCCACUGCGGGCCAGGAGGGCAAAAGGACCUUCAUGACCUCCUCCACCAGCACCUCAGCCUUGGCUGGAUCCAGUGGGAUGCUGGUGGGAGGAGGAGGAGGUGGAGCACUCGGAGCAGUUCAGCUUCCUCAGCAGCAGCAGCACAACCACCCCAAUACGGCUACUGUGGCCCCCUUCAUGUACAGGACGUUUUCAGAGAAUGACUGCACCACGGUGGCCCCUGCCGACCCCUGCCUCAGCCCCACCAAGGGGGAGCUGGUCUACAGCAAGACAGCCAAACAGUGCCUGGAGGAGAUAUCAGGAGAAGACGCUGAGACGAGACGCAUGAGGACAGUGAAGAACAUCGCUGACCUCCGACAAAACCUGGAAGAAACCAUGUCCAAUCUGCGGGGGACGCAGAUCAGCCACAGCACUUUAGAAACAACCUUUGACACAACAGUAACCACUGAGGUCAAUGGACGGAAUCUACCGGCCCUUACCACACGCUCCUCCCCCAUGUCCUGGCGUCUUGGUCCAUCCCAAGCCCCACGUCUCCAAGCAGGCGACGCGCCAUCAACGCCGAGCAGCUAUUCCUCCCCAAGGGCCAGCACUGGGGGCUCUAGCACCAAUGCAGGCCGCUACAGCAGCCCCUCAGACCCCUCCAGGCACCUCACCGAGGGCGGUCUCCAUAUGUACUCCAGGAAUGCAGUUCGAGCCUCAGAUGUGGCAUUGCCCCGGGAAACAAGAGGAAACAAAGAGAUGGCGGGCGACAUAGACAGCUGGGAUGACAGCAGCUCAGUGAGCAGUGGCCUCAGCGACACAUUGGACAACAUCAGUACGGAUGACCUGAACACUCCUGCUUACUCCUCUGGCAGCUCCUCACACAAAAACAAGAGCAGUCAGUCUCAGAAAGGCAGCAGGUCCAAACAUGCCAAGCAAGAUGUGAGCAGCACUUGGGCCGGCGCCGAAGACCUUAAAAAAGUGGAGGAGGAGCUGGACGCAAGCAUGGAUCCCGGGAGCGGCCCUUCCCGCUGGAAGCCCUCGUCAUCCUCGUCUUCCUCCCAAACCCAGGGUCAGUAUGAGGAUACUGGUCAGAAAACAGCGGCGCUGGCACAGAUGUCCCAGACGGGCUCCUGGAGGAGGGGCAUGACUGCCCAGGUAGGCAUCACGCCCCCCAGGACAAAGGGGACUCCUGCUGGCCUGAAAACACAAGGGAAAACAGAUGAUGCUAAGGCCUCAGAAAAAGGCAAAGCACCUUCCAAGAGUCCCGCUGCCAUCCAGCGCUCUCCCUCUGAUGCUGGCAGGAGCAGUGGGGAUGAAGGCAAGAAACCCCCAUCAGGCAUCGCACGCCCGCCCACCACCAGCUCAUUUGGGUACAAGAAGCUCUCCGGACCCCCUGGCACAUUAAUCACUCCCAGUGGGGCCACUUUAGCCAGUGGCUCGGCGACUCUGGGCAAAGCGCCCAAAUCCUCAGCGGCGCUCUGCAAAGGCACCAGCAUUGGAGGGGCGAGGAAGACAAGCCUGGACGGCUCACAGCCUCAGGAUGACGGUAUCCUGCUCAGCUGCAGCGGCUCCAAAGUCACGCUGCAGUACCGCUCUCUGCCCAGGCCAGCCAAGUCCUCCAGCGGGGGGGCUGCAGGGCGCAGUGGCCACCGCUCUAGCUCAAGCAGCAUUGAUUCCAACGUCAGUGGCAAGUCAGCGGCGCAAGCAGGGGCCAAGCGAAGGGAUGGAAAGGUCAACUCCGACCGCUCCAGUCCUGUCACCGUCACUCAGACAGACAAAGAAAAAGUAGGCGGGCUGGAACCAGAGCCAACAGUUGUACUCUCCACCUCUCCUAAGUCCAGCCCCACCUCCAGCUCUGCCUGCCAGUCCGGCCUCAGACAGCCGGGAACCAAAUAUCCUGACAUUGCUUCUCCCACCUUUCGCAGAUUGUUUGGUACCAAAGCCAGCAGCAAGCCCAGCUCUCCGGGCACCCCCGACUCUGGCAAGUGCCCGUCUAUUCUGGGCAGCCCCCACGGCACACUGGCGAGGCAGGCCAGCUUGGACUCCCCCUCCUCUGGCACAGGAAGCUUGGGUAGCGGCGGCGGCCUGAGCGGGGCCAGCAGCCCGCUGUACGGCAAAACCCCAGACUUGUGCACCGACUCCCUGGCCUCCAGCCCGGCCUCAGGCCUCUCCCUGCCCUCCAACUCUCGGCCCUGGCCUGCCUGUAGCUCAUCAGCAGGCAGCAAGGACACACUGAGCUGCCAAAGCAUGACCAGUCUGCACACCAGCUCUGAGUCCAUUGAUUUGCCGCUGGGCCACCAUGGGCCCAAGGUUACCCGAACCGGCAGUGUCAAGUCCACCCUGUCUGAGGGCAUGCCUCUCGACAGAAACACGCUUCCCAAAAAGGGAUUGAGGUACCCACCGUCUUCGCGGCAGAUGUCCCACGAAGAAAGUAAGGAGUGGCUGAGGUCGCAUUCCACCGGAGGCCUUCAGGACACCGGCAGCCAGUCUCCACUCUCUCCUCCAGGAGCAUCCUGCAACCCUGUUGGAAAAUACCACUACUCCAACCUAUUGAGCCCAACCAACAUGAGCCAGUACAACCUGUCACCAGCAGGGGCCAGCAGCAUGAGCCGCUCCAGCAGCAUCCCUGCCCAGGACUCAUUCGACCUUUACGGAGACGCUCACCCACUGGGUGGCAGCGCAACUUCUUUGGAGGAACGGCCGCGAGCCAUCAGCCGCUCUGGCUCAUUCAGGGACAGCACGGAUGAAGUGCACGGCUCCUCCUUGUCUCUGGUCUCCAGCACAUCAUCUCUGUACUCUGCGACAGAGGAGAAAGCACACUCAGAGGGCCAAACAGUCCAAAAUUCCACGCAAAUCCGGAAGCUGCGGCGGGAGCUGGACGCCUCUCAGGAGAAGGUGGCGACUCUGACCUCUCAGCUGGCUGCCAAUUCUCACCUGGUGGCAGCCUUUGAGAAGAGCCUGAGUAACAUGACCUGCCGCCUGCAGAGCCUCACCAUGACUGCAGAACAAAAGGAGUCUGAACUGGCUGAGUUGAGGGAAACCAUUGAGAUGCUGAAGACUCAGAACACGGAUGCACAAACUGCCAUCCAGGUGGCGCUUAACGGUCCGGACCACCUGCACAAAGACUUACGCAUUCGACGGCAGCACUCCUCAGAGAGUAUGUCCAGCAUUAACAGCGCAGCCAGUCACUCCAGCAUGGGAAGCUUGGGGAAGGAGGCUGAAGAUAAGAAGAAGAAGAAGAAGAGUUGGGUGGCUGAUUCCAUCCCGGCUCAGCUGCGCAGCUCCUUCAAACAGGCAUUCAGCAAGAAGAAAACCAAAUCCCAGUCAGCCCACGAUGAGAUGGAGGAGAUGACCGACUCUCUGCCGUCCUCGCCCAAGCUUCACCACGACAACCGACAAGCCAGCAUUGCCACGCUGCGCUCCUCCCCCUCCACCACAGACAAGUGCAUUUGCAAUAGCAAGUUUUCCCCCAUUUGGACACCAAAGAAAAAGCAAAACGGUCAUGUGGUCUACAAACACAGAUCUCGGCUGUGUGAAUGCACCGAGGCUGAGGCGGAGAUCAUACUGCAGCUGAAGAAUGAGCUGAGGGAAAAAGAGCUCAAACUCACCGAUAUCCGGCUGGAGGCGCUCAGCUCUGCACAUCAUCUGGACCAGAUCAGGGAGGCUAUGAACCGCAUGCAAAAUGAGAUUGAGAUCUUGAAAGCGGAAAACGAUCGUCUCAAAUCCAGCGGAAAUGCCACGCCAACAGCCACCCCCGUCAAGACAGCCCGGCCGCCAUCUGAGACCUCCAGCACAUCCUCAUCAUCCUCACGCCAGUCCCUGGGACUUUCCCUCAAUAACCUCAACAUCACCGACACCAUCAUGUCAGAAAUCCUUCUGGAUGACGGCUUUGAAGGAAAUCUUCGGAAAGAAGGUCGCAGUGUGAGAAUAGUAGUCAGCAUCAACAGCGGACCAAACACAACCAAGGGUACAAAAAGUCAUGAUUACCUGAUCGGGUCCAUCGGUGUGAGUGGUAAAACCAAGUGGGAUGUCAUGGAUGGUGUCAUCCGCCGCCUUUUCAAAGAGUAUGUUUUCCGGGUGGAUCCCAUCACCAGCCUGGGCCUCAGCUCCGACAGCAUAGUCUCUUACAGAAUGGGGGAAGUGAUUCGAUCCCACGGCUCUGAAGUGCCUGAGCUGCUACCCUGUGGAUACCUUGUGGGCGACAGCAAUGUCAUCAAGGUCAACCUGAGGGGCAUGAAGGAGAACAGCAUCGACAGCCUGGUGUUUGACACGCUCAUCCCCAAACCCAUAGUCCAGCGGUACCUCAACCUGUUGAUGGAACACCGCAGGAUCAUUCUCUCAGGACCCAGCGGCACCGGAAAAUCCUUCCUUGCCGCUAAGCUGGCCAACUACAUCAUGUCUCAGAUGGGGCAGGAGGUGACGGAGCACAAUGUGGCCAGCUUCAAUGUGGAUCAGAACUCCAGCAAGGAGCUGCGACAGUACAUGUCCAACCUGGCAGAGCAAUGCAACUCUGAGGACACAGACGUGCAGCUCCCCACUGUGGUCAUCCUGGACAACCUGCAUCACAUCGGCUCUCUCAGUGACAUAUUUAAUGGCUUUCUCAACUGCAAGUACCACAAAUGCCCAUAUGUUAUUGGGACCAUGAGCCAAGGAGUUUCCUCCUCUCCAAACCUCGAGCUGCACCACAAUUUCAGGUGGGUGCUGUGCACUAACCACACUGAGCCAGUCAAGGGUUUCCUGGGUCGCUUCCUACGUCGCAAGCUGAUAGAAACGGAGAUCGAUAAGAACAUGCGCAGCAAUGACCUGAUUAAGAUUGUGGACUGGAUCCCCAAAACUUGGCACCACCUCAACAGCUUCCUGGAGGCCCACAGCUCUUCAGAUGUCACGAUAGGCCCCCGCCUCUUCCUGCCGUGCCCAAUGGAUGUAGAGGGUUCUCGGGUUUGGUUUACAGACCUUUGGAACUACUCCCUGGUUCCCUAUCUGCUGGAGGCUGUCAGAGAAGGACUGCAGCUGUACGGUAAAAGAGCCGUGUGGGAGGAUCCUUCCAAGUGGGUGAACGACACGUAUCCGUGGAGCGCUCCCUUACUCCAGCAGGACGGCCAGUCGCUGCUCCAGCUGAGGCCCGAGGAUGUGGGGUAUGACGGCUACAGCUCAUCCAAGGAGGGGGCGUCAGCCAAGCAGGUGUCUCAGAGUGACACAGAGGGAGACCCACUGAUGAACAUGCUGCUGCGGCUGCAGGAAGCGGCCAACUACUCCAGCACGCAGAGCUGCGAUAGCGACAGCACCAGUCACCAUGACGACCAGCUGGACUCCUCCCUGGAGUCUGCUCUUUGAGCUGUGCCGGUACAUCCCGGAAGCAUGUCAGCCCACAUCAGGACCCCUGCACCUCUCAGAUGUGCCAUAUAUGAAAAGUUUAUUAUCCAAUAUGCUAUACUGAAGAAAGAAACAUGGGUCAAUGGGUUCUGGUUUCAGGGCAUUUCAUCAAUGGAUUUUGUUAUUUUUUAUGGGCGAGUAACAUUUAUAAAAAAGCUUUUCAUAUGUGUUAAAGUGGGAGGCUUGUGGUGAGGGGCUUCAGUUCCUCUCAUGUUUACUUUUUGUGCUUUUUGCCACAACAGACUCCAAAGUGUCACAAAGACAGAAAAACAAAACUGGAUUUUUAUGUUUUUACCCAGUUCUUUUUGUAGAUGUUUACAGUGGGAGGGGGCUUCUGAUCGUUUCUGUCUGUCCUUGUUUACAGAGCAGACAUGUGUUCCACACAGGCAACAGGAGGGGAAUCCCAAACUUUGAUCAGUAAUUGUCCAACCUGGCACAUUCAGCUCAUGUCCAGCAUUUCUGGAGACAUUCAGCUCUGAUUUUUACAUGAGAAGUCCAGGAAUGUUUUUCCAUGCGGUGCAACGCCCUCCUGUGGCCGUGUCUGGUGCUUUUGUUUGAGUUGACUUAUUACUGACCACCUGAUGUUGGAUAAAUGCUGGUUCACUAACGCCUGAAACCUCAGACAUGUCUGCAUUUAAACUUCAGUUUUAUUGGUAGUUUUUCUGGCUCUUUUCUGCAUCCUGAUGGCACCUGAGCAGCUGAGUAAAGAUGUCUUUGAGGCCUUUUGCAGUCCAGCAGGAUUACAGCUACAACAGUCUCCUGUUGCCCUCCGCUCAGCUUUAGGUUUGUGGUGCUGGUCUCGCGGGCUGAACCGGCUCAGUAACAGGCACUGCCGAGCCGCUGCUCGCUGCCCCUCACGCUAACAACAACAAGCACAAUGAAACGUUUUGUCUGUGUGGUACCGCCACGUCGCUACUGUGAAGACAACAUGGAAAAGUGCCAACGUUUCCCUUUGGAAGAUCAAACAAGGUUUUGAGAUGUCCUCACAUCGUUUGUCACUUAGAAAAUGACCUGAGAGUGUCACGAUUUGAUGUAGAGCCCAAAUUCAGGAACUUCAGUCCAAAUUCAACGACGGUACUGACUGUCCCUCAUCUGAAAUUCUUCAGCAUCUGUUAUCUAAGCUCAAGAACUACCAAAACGAUCACAUCUGUAAUCAGUUUAGCCAGACCAGCCAAAAAACUAAGUACGGGAACAAUGAUAAUGGUGCUUUCUCACUGCCUUAAAUGGGGGAAAAUGUCUGGAAGCAUCUUCUGCUCCGACUGGCUGCAGGGAUGUUGAAUGAUCUGCUUCCUACUACGUCAGAGAUGCUGCUUGUAAAAAAAAAAAAAAUUUUAAAAAGCCACGUUUGUUUGCUGCCCCAUCUUCUUCCUCUGAACCACUCCCUCCUUUAUCUGACAGAACAUGAAACUUUUGAAUGCAAAACAAACUAGUCUUGUUGGAACAGAAAGAAUGGCAGGAGGGUUUUUGCUUCAGGGCCAGUUGAGCUGGGCUCACUUAAACUGACUGGAGCACAACCAAAUGCCUGAUUGUUGUGUUUUGCAGCUUUUUAAAGAAAAAGCCCUGAGAAAACCCUUUACCUUUAAGUGUGUGUGUAUGUGUAGGUGUGUGUGUGUGUGUGUGCGCGUGCUGGAUGGAAGCCAUUAAGAUCCUUGAGUGUCCUCUUUGUUUAAGCGCGUUGGUUUUGCACACUUGGAGGUGGGGGGGGGGGGGUGUAAAUACUUUAUGUCUUGCACAUUGAAUCAAAGAUGCAUUCUGCCCUGUCAGUGUAACAAAUAACCAGCUGAGUGAAAAUGUUGUACUUUGGAGGAAGACUGAUAAAAAAAAAAAAAAAUGCAAAAAUUCUGAAUGCAGUCAGAAACAGCCGUGCGUCUUGUGGUGAUUGGAUGUUUGGCCUGUGCAGGAGGCAUACGGUGUACAUUACAGAACUCACUGAAGACACAUGCUGAGUCAAAAGUUCUCCAGGAUUUGUUUUCCUGCCACAGCAUCAUCUGAAUGUUCACUAUUGUUCCUCUGAGCGCCACCCCCCUACAGGUUGGCUUGCUUGCUGCAGAGAGACUAGAACUUUCCUGACUGUACUGUAAACAGCAACAAGCAGGUGCUACUGGUCAGUCAAAGCCCAUCAGAGACCAAGAUAUUGUCUCCACCUCAGGACAAUCCUUUAAAAUCCUACCUGUGCUCAGCUCCACGUGUGUCUCUGCAAGCAAGCCAGGCUGUUUCUAAUGCUACUUUCACACCAGGCAUGUGAUGCACCUUCAAGAAUGCUGUGAACACGGGUUCUUUAACACUUUUUUAGCAUACGGUGUUGACACUUGACUGUUGCUACCUGAAACUAAAAUGUAUUCACAUUGGUGUGAAAUGUUGAAGCAGUGCAAAUCUCUCUCCGGAUUCUUUGGUGUCACAGAAUUCCAGCCUGAUACAAACGGCAGUUAGUAAUUUCUCCUUCUUGAUAAAUGUUCAAAUGUCUAGGACUUUCGUGAAUUAAAAGGACGCUCCCAAGUGUCACUACCUAAUCUCAGUCUCUGAUUGGUCACAGUUAAACUGGUUUAACUUUCACACAUGGCCAUUGAACGUGCGGUUUGUACGUAAACAGACUUAAAAAGUUGCGUAGUUACACCUUAAUUCAAGAGUUUUAAACGCAGAAGCCUGAAACAUGCACAUACGCAGGUUUACAUAGACUUAUCAUUGGAUGUGGUCACUUGAACCUGCGUUGCCAAGGUUGGUGUGAACGUAGCAUCACACAAACCCUGCUCAGCUUACGACCUACGUCUUGCAAAGGUGUGUAGUUGCAUGUUUAGGGGGUAAUCAUCAUGGUUUGCUCCCUACCUACAGUCAAACCCAGGUUUCGAACCCAUCCACACUGAUGUUGUAGGCCUUUAGAUAGCAGAGCCUUAUCAGUGUAAACAGUGUACACCAUAGUGUUGAUGCUGAAGUGGUCAUUUCUCCCACUUUUACAGUUUAUCUCAGUUGGAGACCAUAGCAUUUACUCUGGUUUGAGGGGAAAUUUUCUCCUUUUUGGGUGAAACAUUUGUCCUUUAAUGGUUUAUACUUUGUACAUUUGUAUGUAACAUAUCAUGUAAAUAGACAGAGACCGUGAUUUAAUUCAUCUGGAGGAUUUUGUAGUCUUUGUAAAGCCCUAAUAAAUUGUAUUUGGUGUCACUCAA